GCCGCUGCUGAGCAGUGAAGAAAAAGAAGAGGAAAGGCGAUGAUUCGUUGGGCUGCAUUUUUCCUCCUCCUAACCACCAAUGCGCAGUCACCUGAGACUGAGAGCCCCCCCUCCUACGAUUACUUCUUCUUACAGGAUAUUUUGAGGAAAAUUUCUGAUAUAGAACAGUGGAGAUUGGAUCGAGUAAGAUUGUCGAGCUUAGAUGUAAAAAAUGCGAAGAUUUCUGCUGCCCAAAGAUAUGAAUUCAUUCUUCAAAUUGGGGGGAAUUCUUUGGCACUGAAAUUCAAUGAUGAGAGACUUUCAUGGGAAAAAUUACAUCGAAAGAGCAAACAAGCUUCGAAAGGAAGUGAUAUUUUUGAACCCCAAAUGGUUAAAAUUAUGCAAAGAAGACCUUCCCUUAAACCAUUUAAGUUGGAAGGUCCACUUGAAAUGCACAUCCAUGGGAGUGGGGAGCCACAAUUGAUUCUUCCACUAAAUCCUACUCUUAUAGCUCCAAAACGAGUUCUUGUUGGUGAAGGAAUUACGAUAAGAGUAAAAGGUGCCCAACAAAUCACGCUGAUUCACCCUUCCAUAUCUGAUUCAUUCAUAAAUAGGACCUCAAUCAAUGUUUGCAAGACUACUCCUUUGGCUGUUAUGUAUUAUUCAUGCAUGCCACGGCUCCUGGUGCGAAUCUCAGAGCCCAUUUCUUUAAUUGCAUAUGGGAUCCGCAAUGCCCAAGCUCACAUGAACAUGGCAUUUCCUUCCAAUGAUACUCUCACAUUGAUGCUGGAAAACGGUAUACUUCAUUGGUCAAAGAGCACCAUGCGACAACCGAUUGUCUCUCUUGAUCCAGGGUUCCUUCCUCUUAAUUCAAAGUUGGAUCAACUAAGGGAAUUGCUAAAGAGAUUAUUGGGUGAACGUAUUUACAAAAUGGGGAAGCUAAGGAUAUCUAGAGUGAGAAUCAUUGCUUCUACAUUGGUGAGGUUUCAACUGGAAUUGAAGAGGGAUAUGAGAGAAGAGCUUUCGGAUGUGGAUGCUUCAAUGGCAUGGAGAACCAGGCCAACACUAGAGCGAGCUUGGUUUGAGAUAGUGGCGAGAGCGGAACGUGGGGAGCAAUUGAAACCCUUGAUUUUGAAGAGGUUGAGGCCAUUUGUAAGAGCUGAUUCCCGUGCAUGGAGUAACCUCAUGGGGAACACCUCCUUGGCAAGAUUCCCAUCCAGCCAUGUUCCUUCUGAGGCCCUCACAUUGGAUGUCAAGUGGUAGGAUGAUUUGUUUGUUUUAGGGGGAAAGGUGAUGACUAAUCCAUUGGCAUCAUAAUUGUCUGAUGCGAACAUGGAUGGUGAUGCAUGCAUACCAUUUGGUUCUUGCAGGCCUGCUUGUUGUCCCCUACAAUUUCCGUAGCCUGUUGGACCAUACUUUCUCUUUUGUUAUUUGUCUAUUGAGUAAAUCCUACACCCAUGUGAUAACUUUUCUAAAGGUUUAUGCCAAAUUUAAUGGUGAUCAUUUAGGGUUCUACACACAUGGGUGUAGGAGGGUCUCAUAGGAUUAUUGCUCUAGUCUAUUUAUCAUUGCACAAGAUGAAGGGUGUGUUGAAGCUGGAAAACCAGGAAUUCUGGAAUCUAGAAAUAUGUAUAAAAUAAUGUGAAGUAUUUCAGGUUUGAGUGCAUACCUGAUUAUUUCAAUUUAUUUGAGAUUUGUAUUUAAAUAUGUAUAAAAUGCUGUGCUUUUGAUAA